GUGGGAGAGAGAGAGAGCUGGGCAGAGACGGAGGCGAGUGCAUCGAAGACGAUGGCCUGCGAUGUCGCCGCCGACGAGCCACCCGCCAUCCCCACCGUACAGGAGCUUCGCGCGCCCGACAAGCCACCCCUCAUCCCCAGCGUACAGGAGCUUCGCGCGCCCGUCAAGCCCCCCCGCCAUCUGCACCGUCCAGGAGCUCCGCGCGGGCGACGGGCCCUCCGCCAUCGGCAGGGCCCCCGAUCUCUGCGCCGAUGAUGCAGACCUCGCGGCACACGAGCGAGUGGACUUACAGGGGGCUGAUGUUACUGCCAAAAAUUAGCAACAGACUGGCCGACGGGAGCAUUUGUUGAGGUGGACUUACAGGGGGCUGAUGCUCCUGCCCAAAAUUACCAACAGACUGGCCGACCGGAGCAUUUGUUGAGCUAGCACCAAAAGUUAGCCCUGCAUACAUAGUAAAUGAAACAUAAUAUCUGAGUUCUGACACACAGCAUCAAACACUUAUAGUAAGCAUUUUGUAUAAUUUUUUGGUCGGAGGCAAGGAUGCCCAUGAAACCUGGGGAGGAAAUGAGUAGGGAUAAAACAUCGGCACAAAACUCGCUCCGUUGUUUUGCAUUCCAAAUAGACUGGGAUCAAACAAUGCUCCAGGAUAUUGGGAUUGUCCAAGCUGCAAAUAUAAAUACAUUUUUUUCAGACCAAUCAAUCUUUUCUUGUUCCAUGAAGGCUGUAACAAGCACCAACACGCUGAUCUUUGGGUGGUGUUUCAGAAGAAGGAACUCAAGGAAGAUUGAGAAAAACUCACCGUGGGAAGAGUUAAUAUCUAGGUGCCAACUAAAAUAUAUCAUUCUUAUACUUUCUGAGGUAGUAUUGCCGGAAGUGAUAAAAUUCCAAAACAUCUUAUGAUCAAGAUUAUGGAAAUAUUGAUGAUGUUCGAAGAAGUAAUCAAAUAUUCAAGUUUAGGAGUGCUUGUUGAGGCACAGUUGUUUACUGAUUACAUAAAAAAUACAUCAAAUAUUUUACCACAUUCUAUAGGAUGUUUUCAUUUCAGGGCACCCUGCAUGAUCUUGGUCAGACUGGCGCUGGUGCCUUUCAAUUCCCGGUGUUCCACGAGAAGCACCCAUGCAUACAAGCAUCAGUACAUAUAGCAAAUGUACAGAAAACAUGGUAUUCCUUUGAGGAUGACAGAAUCCAUAAAGAUCGGUUCCUCAUGGCCAUUGGUCUGGGCACUCCGGCCUUUGUGAAUCUCGUCACCAUCGACACCGGCUCAACACUUUCCUGGGUUCAGUGCCGACCUUGUCCGAUAAGAUGCCAUAAUCAAGAUGAAGAGGCCGGACGGAUAUUUGACCCCCUUCAGUCCUCAACUUACCAAAGCGUUGGCUGCUCAACUGAAGAUUGUGGUUAUGUGCAUGAAACACUUGGUAUUCCCUUUGGCUGCAACGAGGAGCAAGAUAGCUGCCUUUACAGCUUGAGAUAUGCAUCAGAAGAGUACACGGCCGGAAGCUUGGUCAAGGACAAGCUCACUUUAGGAAACAACUUCAGCAUUGAUGAUUUCAUGUUUGGCUGCAGUGGAGAUGACAGGUACAAUGCAGCUGAUGCAGGCAUUAUUGGAUUUGGGGGUGCGACUUACUCCUUCUUUCGUCAGGUAGUUCGCCAUACCAACUACACCGCGUUCUCUCACUGCUUUCCUGGUAAUCAUAGAAACGGAGGGUUUCUAUCCAUCGGGCCGUAUGAUCGGUACAGUUUACAGUUCAUUCCGUUGGUCGAGUACGGCUCGCACGGAGAUAACCCGGUGUAUGCUAUUCAGCAGCUGGACAUGAUGGUCGACGGGAUACGGCUUGAAGUCGACCCGUCAAUCUACGCAACUCGAAUGACGAUACUGGAUUCUGGCACGAUCGACACGUUCAUUCUGUCCCCAGUGUUUCGUGCGUUUGACAAGACCAUCACAGCGGCAAUGCUAGCUAAGGGAUAUGCCCGGGAAACAGCUGGAAGGAAUAAAAUUUGUUUCACAUCCACUAGUGAUUCAGUGAACUGGCGAGACAUGCCAACGGUGGAGAUGAAAUUUGUAAGGUCUAUCUUGAAGCUCCCGUCAGAGAAUGUGUUCUAUCGAGUGUCAGCAGAUAAAAUUUGCUCCACAUUUCAGCCAGAUGUUGCUGGACUGACAGGGGUUCCGAUUCUGGGGAACAGGGCAACAAGAUCAUUCAGGGUCGUGUAUGAUAUCCAAGACAGCAAGUUUGGGUUUCAAGCUGGUGCUUGUUGACACAGGUACAUGGCUACCUGGAGCAGACAAGACUAUAAUAUUUUGAUGUACAAACUGAUGAAGGUCCUCAGUAUUGAUUGGUGUUGGUACUGGAUUAACAGUGCAUCUAUGUUGUGUGCCUUUUUUGUUUUCUAAAUAUACAAUCAUAUAAGUGUUCGCAAAAAACAAUGAUCGCAUAGUCCAUCAGAAAUGACGAAAUGCACACCAACCCAUGAAUCAGUUUGUUUGAAAACAAGCUAGUU